AUGUCGGGCCGCGACAGCGUGCAGAUCCCCGACGAUCGCGAUUUCCGCGCGUUCCGGGCGGAGUGCGAGUGCGAGCGGGGCUGGAGCCUGAGCUACAGCAAGGCGGGGGUGGCCGUCUGGGUGCAGCUGCUCGAGCCCGAGCGCUCCCUGCACAAGAUCAAGUGCAGGAUGGAGUGCAAGGACGUGCCGGCGGAGACGCUGUACGACGUGCUGCAUGACAUCGAGUACCGCAAGAAGUGGGACACCAAUGUCAUCGAGACCUUCGACAUCGGCAGGCUGACCGUCAACUCCGACGUGGGCUACUACGCCUGGAAGUGCCCCAAGCCCCUGAAGAACCGGGACGUCAUCACGCUGCGCUCCUGGCUGCCCAUGGGCACCGACUACAUCAUCAUGAACUACUCCGUCAAGCACCCCAAAUACCCGCCCCGUAAGGACAUGGUGCGAGCGGUGUCCAUCCAGACGGGCUACCUGGUGGAGGGGAAGGGAGCCAAGAGCUGCACCAUCACCUACCUGGCACAGGUGGACCCCAAAGGUUCCCUGCCGAAGUGGGUGGUGAACAAAUCCUCGCAGUUCCUGGCCCCCAAGGCGAUGAAGAAGAUGUACAAGGCGUGCCUCAAGUACCCGGACUGGAAGCUGAAGCACAACCCGCACUUCAAGCCCUGGCUGUUCCCCGAGCAGAGCACGCUGCCGCCCCUGGCGCUCUCCGAGCUCUCCAUCCAGCACGCCGACUCGCUGGAGAACAUCGACGAGAGCUCCCUCUCCGAGACCAAAGACGACCGCGGCGAGGCCAGCGACGAGGACAGCGUUAACUGAGCCUCCCCCCCC